CCGAGCUGCCAUAUCUACGUUUCAUGUGCGCCGCAAUGCCUUUUCAGUUAAAAAAUAACAAAACAUUAUCUCACCUGACCUAACCAUACCUACAACCUAGUCACCCUACAACUUACCAACCUGCAACCUACAACCUACCAUUCCUACCUAACAAACUAGAUAUGACAGCUCGGGUGACGUCUGCUAAGAGAUUGCCGCAUUGUGUACUUUGUAUCAUUUUGUAAGAAACCUUAUCAGAGUUGGGAAACCAAACAUUUGCUGGACAACAUUUCCAGGGCAAUUUCACUCCACACUUCACACUAGAAAGAAAUGAUGUGUCUGCGUGUGCUCAGAUAGACAAUGAUACGUCAACUAAAGGUAAAUUAUAAAUUAAGACUACAAAUAAAAACUGAGGAAAACAAUAAGAAAGAAAAAGAUAACGUUCUGGUGGCGUUGGUGAAAGUAGACAGGCACGGUGACGGAAGGCUGCCCAUCUUGCACCAAUGUAGUGUUUAAACAGUGGCUGGGACUGGCAUGUCUUUGGAAAAUAACACAACUAUAACCCCAAAAUUGCAUUUAACAAAGAAAGUAGUGUGCUUGUGGGAUGAAGGUAACUGCAUGCCGUGCAUGCAGGUGUUCUUAUCCUAAUUUUCCAGUCAUCAGCUUUGCUUUUUUGCCUUCAUUAUCAAUGUUUAACAUCUGGGUUGAGUAUAAAUAAAUUUACUAUUUUAACUGCUUUCCACCCAAUAUUUUAUCAAAAUGUAGGUAUGUGUUGUAUGCUACAUAUACCUAUUUUCCACUUCCCCAUAUAAUUGAAAUUUUCAUGCUUCGCUGGUGGCACUGUGCCACAUAAAUUUUGUGCUACAUUGACACAAUUUUUGUACGCCAUUACAGUCCACUACCACCUUAAAAGUGAAAUUCCAACUUGAACUCUGCCCUCUGUUCCGCCAUCCAACUGGUGGCCUUCAAGCUUGUGAUGGAGUUUCUAAUGUUGGACAUGGCUGAGGCAGCUCUAAACUGAUUGGUCAUUCACACAUGACAUGUCCUUGGACAAGCUUCUGCAAAUGACCAUAUGGAAGAUGUCCAUCAUAAGUGACGCUUAUGGGAAAUGAGUUGUACUGCUGGCCAUCUUUGAAUGAAUGUUUUUUUUUUUUGCAUUCUUUUCAGAGACCGCCCCUCGUUCGGAAGGUGGGAGUCAUUCUGCAAGGCUUUGAAAAGGGGACUCCACAAAAUCUGCCAAGAGUGAGCAUGGAGAUGAUGAUGGACUUCUUCAACAGCAAUAAUUGCUAUAUACAGCCUGGAUGUCAGCACCACAAAGUUGAAAGGUCUAAGGGCGAAAACUACAGUCCCGAUGCCGUCGGAUAUGUGCAGCUGAAGCGUGAAGACUCCGUCUGCACUCUUCACGCCAGAGUGACGCCGGAGACCAAAGUCAGCGCUAAGGCUUACGAGGUGAUCGUAGUCAUAGAUGAGCGGUCUGAGACCAUCAGUAGCGCGCAAUGUCAGGACUGUGUGGCUGCGGCAGGAGGCUGCAAGCACGCUGGAGCAGUCCUGGGUUGGCUGUUCAUGAAAAGUUCCGAAAAGAGUGUGACUAGCACCGAGUCGUACUGGAAGAAGUCCCGCCUAUCCUCGGUACCAGCUGAAAUCAAAAGUGCCGCUAUCGAGGUGCUGCGACCAAAACAACGCAGUAGCACGGCAGGCAGUAGCAGCACCAAAAUGAUAGGUGCAGAUGCGUUGGAGGCCUUCCGCCAGGAAGUUCUGCAAUUAGGAACCGCUUCCAACUCGUCCGGCCUAUUCUUCAAUCACUACGGAGCAGUGUCGCAGGUUCACGAGGUGAGAAGUGUGGGAGUAGAUCGGCUCCUUCAGGCAUAUGUAGCCCACAGUGACGCCGCUGAGCCCCUGUCUGCGCCGGGGUUCUUGGCGUUCUGCAAGGAGAGGAUGUGCUCAGAGUUGUGCGAUCUUGUUGCGGAACAGACCUGUGACCAAAGUCAGUCCUGGCUGUGGCACGCUAUGCGUUUCGGUCGCGUCACCGCCUCUAAGGCCUACGCCGCGGCGCACUGCCAGAAGUUAGAUGGCACUAUCGUGUCUGGUAUCGUCGGCGCUGCAACGCUGAAGGACAGCGCCGCAAUGGAGCGAGGUCGCGUUCUGGAGCCACAGGUGCUAGAUGUAGUGGGGAAUCACCUCGGUGUCGAGUUGCGACGAGCGGGGCUGAUUCUGUCACCCAACUACCCGAUGUUCGGCGCGUCCCCGGAUGGGCUUACUCCAGACGGUAGCGUAGUGGAAGUUAAGUGUCCUGUUGACGAGAAAAACUUUCACAAGUACAUCCUCGCGAACGGUCAAGUUGCUGCUAGAUUCCGCGCGCAACUGCAGAUGUUGAUGACGUUGGCUAGUGCAAAGCGAUCGUUUUUCUGUGUAGCGCACCCAGACUUCGAACGGAGCGGUCGUGUCAGCAUUGUGGAGCUCGAGACCGAUGAGAAGUACAGUGAGGACCUACUCAACCGCUGUGAUAGCUUCUGGAAGGCAGCUGUGUUCCCAGUACUUGUGAAGUCUUAUAGCAGCGUCUGACCUAGUAGCACUCAGCAGACUGUGAUAUGGUGACGGACGGGGACCACUAAUGAACGGCAAUCGUUAGUGUUGUUUGCUCAAACGUUUUUAGUAGAGUGGACUAACCCCGCGUUCGGAGUCUCCCGGACGGCGGAAGAUUCUACACGUACGUCGUCCGGCCAAUCCCGUUCAAGGUCGGCGGGAGCUUGGCUGCGACCAUGGAACGGGAUUGGCCGGACGACGUAGAAUCUGCAUCGUCCGACAGACUCCGAACGCGGGGUAAGUUCAUUGUAGGUUCUUCACUAUUCCUUACACAUCACAAAGGUUGGUGUAAUUAGUUGCGCAGUGUCAUAUGUACAUAAGGGUUGUAACAUUGGGCAGAAUACAGCUUG